CCCCGCCUCUUCCGGCCGCAUUUCCGGCGCGGAGGUGGCGGCGGCUGUUGGCUUGGCGGCCUCUCUGUCUGUCUGGCGCGCGCGACUCAUGUCGGCCUCGGCCAUCCCGGCCAGCUCGGGGGAGCUGCUGCGGGGCGACGGCGGCACCUUCCCGCCGGUCCCGGAGCGAGCGGGCGGCGAGGCGGAGGAUGCUCUGGCGGAGGAGCCGGAGGGGCUGGACGGGGAGCCGCCGCCGCCGUGGAGCCCGCAGGAGAAGGCGCUGCACGAAGCCCGGCUGAAGGCCAAGGGGAAGCGGCGGCUGCGGCGGACCUCCUCCCGCGACGCCCCCCGGGAAGCCCCUCCAGAAAAGGGCGAGGCGGAGGCGGAGCCCAGCAGCCCGAAGGGCAAGAACCACGACCGCAAGUCCCGCAUGGGGAAGGGCCGCGGCCUGCCCAAGAAAGGUGGGGCAGGGGGCAAAGGCGUCUGGGGAGCGCCGGGGCUUGUCUACAGCUACCAAGAGCCGGAUGCCCGCGACCCCAACUAUGACGAGGCUGCGCAGGGAAAGACUGUCUAUGCCACGGUGGUGCCUGAGCUGGAAGAAGAGGACUUGGAGAAGACUGUGCAGCCGAUGGUGAUGGAAUAUUUUGAGCACGGAGACACUCUGGAAGUGGUGGAGCUGCUUCGGAAUCUGAACCUGGGGGGUCACAAGGCGGCCGUGUCCUCGCUGGCCGUGGUGCUCUCUCUGGAGGGGAAAGCCAGCCAUCGCGAGCUGACCUCCCGCCUGCUCUCCGACUUGGUGGGAAAGGUGCUGAGUGCUGAGGACAUCGCGGCUGCUUUUGAUGGGAUGCUGCACGACCUCCCCGACCUCAUUCUCGACACCCCUGAGGCGCCGCAGAUGCUGGGCCAGUUCAUUGCCCGGGCUGUGGCCGACCACGCGCUCCCCCCUAACUUCCUCGAGCGCUACAAGGGCCGUGUGGACUGUGAGCACGCACGGGCUGCCCUGGAUCGGGCUGCCGUCCUCCUGCGCAUCAAGCGAGACGUCAAUCGGCUGGACAAUGUGUGGGGCGUGGGGGGUGGCCAGAGGCCAGUCAAGCAUCUGACCAAGGAGAUGAACCUCCUGCUUCGGGAAUACUUGCUCUCUGGAGAGGUCUCUGAGGCCGAACGCUGCCUGCGCCAACUUGAGGUGACCCACUUUCACCACGAACUUGUCUAUGAGGCUGUGGUGAUGGUGAUGGAGUCCUUCGGAGAUACGGCCGUGGCCAUGAUGGUGAAGCUGCUGAAAGUGCUGUGGCAGACGGGUCUGGUGAUGGACCAGAUGAACCGGGGCUUCCAGCGGGUCUACAGUGAGCUUGGAGACAUCAGUCUGGACGUGCCACUGGCCCACAGCACCGAGCAGAUGGUGGAUCUCUGCUUUGAGGAGGGUGUCAUCACCAGGCAGCUGAGAGACACCUGCCCUGCCCGGGGCCGGAAGCGCUUUGUCAGUGAGGGAGACGGCGGCCAAAAUCAAGCAAUAACUGGAAGCUUUCAGCCCCCCCUCCCCCCCAGCAAUGCCUUCAACCCAGCCAGACCUGCCAGUCAACAGGAGCCCAGAACCUUUGCUGAGCCCCCACUGUUCCCCCCUCCCUCUGAGCAGCCUGUCCAGAAGGCGGGAGGAGGUCUCUGUCCGGGCAGUUGAAGGCUGGGGGGGGGGGGGAGGCUGGGCUGCACUUCUGCCUGACCGAUGGGGGCCGGUGGUUCAGCAGAAGCAGGAGAGUGAGGAAGGGUCCUCUCCCGCAGGGAAUUAGCCACAUGCCUACUCCCACAGUGCGGCUGCCACCAGCAAUGCAUCUCAGGAAGCCUCAGGCCAGCUGGAACUGCCGCAGUGGUGGUGGUGGUGGUGGGGAGGGCUGUUUGCAUUUGCCGGCAGCAGGGCUGAGAAGGCAGAGGAGGGGCCCCUUCCCUCGCAGCCACCUCUGGCUAGCCCAGAGCGGCCCUGUGGGGAAGGAAGUCAGCUGGACUCCCUGCAGCCAAAGAAUCUCCUGCUCCCAGGACCCCUUCAAGCCCCCUUGCCACCCACAGAUGCAGGCGGGGGCGUUGGCUGGGUUGAGAGAGCAGCUGAGCACCGCAGGGCAGAUUCUCCCUGGCUAAAGGGGAGCUGCUACUGCUUGGUGCUGCCCACAACUGGUAGAGAGAGAGAGAGAGAGCAAGUGGAGGUCAGUGUGGGAGGGAAUCGUGCCAAACUGUUUCAUGGUCUUGCAGGCAAAGGUGGUAGGGAUGGGUGAGUCUAAUGAGAAAUUAAAAUAAACGAUUUACUCAAAAGGC